GGUAUUUUUAAAAAUUUGGUAGGUUUGUUUGUAGGGCAACCCAGCGCGUUUGUGUCUUCUCUCUCGCUCCAUGGCGACGGAGCUGGAAGAACUCCUAGGGUUUCUCUCGUCGCCCUCUCUGCAAGUAAAGAAGGCGGCGGUCGACAUCGUCCGGGGGCUAACCGGCUCCGACGACGGUCUUGCCUCCCUUUCAGCUCACGCAGACCUUGCCCUUCCCCCUCUCGUACGAAUCCUCUGCGAAGAUCCCCCUGAGCUCGCUUCCCCUGCCGCCGAAGCCCUCAUUAAUCUCUCUCAGGAUGCCGCGCUGUCCGAGAAGCUCAUUGCACAUGGGACGCUCCCCACAGCCAUGAACAAGCUCUACAAGAGCGGGGAUCGUAAAGUUUCUCACCUCCUUGUUAUGCUCCUGGCCAAUCUUACCCAAGUUGAUGCAGGCGCCAAUUCGCUCCUCCAGAUUGGAGAUGAUAAGAUGGAGGGAUUGUAUAUCUCAAAGCUUGUCCGAUCAUUCUGUAGGUCAUCUUCUGAAGAAUCAAAAGAAGAAGAUAUCUUUGAACAUGUUGCUUCAAUUCUUGUAAACAUAUCGAAGAUGGAGUCUGGAAGAAAAAUUCUUUUGGAACCUAAGAGAGGUCUUCUUAAGCAGGCAAUCCAUCAAUUUGAUUCUACAAAUCCACUGAGAAAGAAAGGGGUUUCUGGAACUAUUCGUAAUUGUUGCUUUGAAGCUGACAAUCAAUUACAUAAUUUACUAGCAAUAGCAGAGUUCCUUUGGCCUGCCCUGCUUCUGCCUGUAGCUGGCAAUAAGGUUUACAGUGAACAAGAUACAUCAAAAAUGCCUCAUGAACUUGGAAAUGCACUUUCUCAUGAGAGAGAACCUGUUGAUGAUCCAGAAAUUCGUAAACAGGCACUUGAAGCUAUCUACUUGAUCUCUUUGCAAGAAGCUGGAAGGAGAUCACUUUGGUCUGUCAAUGGGCCACGAAUACUACAAGUUGGCUACGAAGAUGAAGAAGAUCCAAAAGUGAUAGAAGCAUAUGAAUUAAUUGGCUCUCUGUUGGUAAAUAACGGUGAAGCUGAAGAAUAAGCAGAAGCAGAAAUUGGAGAGGAAAUAUUUCAGGCAUCCAUCAGUUGUACUCCAUAGAAGUUCUAAUGUAGAUCCACUGGCCUUCUAGUUUUUUUUUUUCCAAUUUGUGUAGAAUAAAUCGGGAGGUUUACUGCACUGAAAUCUUAAAUACAUUCUAUAUUUUUCCACUAAUUCUAAAAAAUAUUUAGAAUUAGUGGGCAACAGUUAAUCAUAACCAUCUCGUUGAUCA